AUGAAUGAAACUACAGACAAACUUAACUCUUCUCUUAUUCUUCCUUUCAGCAAAGAUUAUGAAUUCUGUUCAAAUGGUGUGUAUUUCUAUUGUGGAAAGAUGGGUUCAGGUAAGACAUUUAACCUCAUUCGUCAUAUACUCAUAACAGAGCGUUUAGGAAACGACUCUUACUAUGACCAAAUCAUUAUAUCAGCAACUUCAGACUCUAUGGACUCAACAGCGAAAACAUUUAUGUCAAAAGUUCAAGCCUCUGUCGUUAAAGUUCCAGACAGUGAACUCAUUGAAUUUCUUCAACGUUACAUUCGACGUAAGAGGAAAUAUUAUGCCAUCGUUGAAUUUAUACAGUCAGGAAUGCAAAAGACUUCUGAGGAGAUGGAAAGAAUUAUUGACAAACACCACUUACGUCAGUACUCAGGAGUUUACGAUAUGAAACGACUUACAAACUACAUUCUGUCAAAACUUUCA